CUACGGGUGACAUAUAAUGUCUACCUUGCUGUUUAUGCUGCAGCCCACGCCCUUCAUAGUCUUCUGUCCUGUCCCAGUAAAAGCAACAACAGCUCCACUUGUGUUUCUCCAAAAAACAUCCAACCCAUUGAGUUGUUUCAGCACUUGAACAGUGUAAAUUUCACCACGCCACAGGGUGAAAUGUUUUACUUUCAAGGGGCUGAUGUUCCAGCUAAGUAUGACCUUGUCAACUGGCAGAAGACCCCUGAGGGGUCACUGAAGCUUGUUGUGUUUGGUCGUGUGAAUGGGUUUGACAUUCACCUUAAUGAGUCAGCUAUUCAAUGGAACACAGGAUCCAGUCAGGUCCCUGUUUCAGUGUGCAGUGAGAGCUGCCCCCCAGGUACCCGAAUGGCCAACAGGAAAGGGGAACCUGUCUGCUGCUUUGACUGUAUCCCAUGUGCUGAAGGGGAGAUUAGCAACAAAACUGGUUCCCUUCACUGUGAGCGUUGUCCAUCUGAGUUCUGGUCCAACGUUGAACGAACUGCCUGCAUCCCUCCCCAGCUGGACUUCCUUUCCUUUAAUGAAGCUUUGGGUAUUACCCUGACUACAGCAGCUGUGUCGGGUGCCAUGGUGACAACAGCUGUGUUUGUGGUGUUUCUUUACUAUCGUCACUCACCUGUGGUGCGAGCCAACAACUCAGAACUGAGCUUCCUGCUUCUUCUGUCACUGAAGCUCUGCUUCCUGUGCUCACUGGUGUUCAUUGGUCGUCCAUCAGUCUGGUCUUGUCGGCUCCAGCAGGCAGCAUUUGGGAUCAGCUUUGUUCUUUGUGUUUCCUGCCUUCUGGUAAAAACCAUAGUGGUUCUGGCAGUUUUCCGCUCAGCUCGGCCUGGUGCUGAAGCCUUGAUGAAAUGGUUUGGGCCGCUCCAGCAGAGAGGAAGUGUCUGCCUCUUCACCUGUAUACAGGUUAUCAUCUGUGCCACCUGGCUUUUCCUCAGCCCCCCAGUGCCUAAACAUGAUUUGGGUUUCCAAGGGUCAAAGGUCACCUUGAAGUGUGCCAUGGCCUCUGUGGUGGGCUUCUCACUGGUACUGGGCUACAUUGGCCUGCUGGCCUGCACCUGCCUCCUCUUGGCCUUUCUGGCUCGGAAACUUCCUGGUAAUUUCAAUGAAGCCAAACUGAUCACGUUCAGCAUGCUGAUCUUCUGUGUUGUCUGGGUGACCUUUGUCCCAGCUUACAUUAGCUCUCCUGGGAAGUAUGUUGUUGCUGUGGAAAUCUUUGCAAUUCUUGCCUCUAGCUAUGGUUUACUGCUCUGCAUUUUUGCCCCAAAAUGUUUCAUUAUUCUUUUUAGACCUCAGAAAAACACAAAGAAACACUUGAUGUCUCGAUAG